AUGCACGGAGCUAAAUACUGGUUUGGGGCGUGGGGCGUCGUUGUCGUCGACGCCGUCAACCGCCCGCCCCACGCGGCGACGCGGCGCGCCAUCAUGGAGGGCACAUUCGACCAGUGGCCACAGCAGAAAUUCUUCGGCGAGCGGCGCCAAAAUCUGAUGUCAAAGCGUAGCAAGAAGGCCGCCAAAACACCACCCGACCACACCGCGGCGCCCGUCGGCGUCCUGCUCGCCCGCCUCCCGCGCUCCUCGCUCGAGAGCCUCCUGACGGAGGCGGUCAAGUCGGGUGCGGUUCCGCUCGAGAGGAUCCGCCAGGCGCUGCCCGAGGCGAAGCACACACUCGUCAUCGCCAAGCCAAAGGUGUCUGGCGGUCCAACGCGGGAAGGCACAGGCCUUUUCGACGCGCUCGAUGACGAUCUUCUCGUCACGAUCCUCUCCAAACUCGCGCCCUCGACCGGGUCGGACCUGGGUCUGUGCCCACGGCGCUACUCCACCAUCGAGGGCGUCAAGAUCUGCUCUGCCAAUGUGUCUCGCCUCGUGCAGUUUCUGCCGGACGCCGCCACCACGGUGCGCAGCCUUCGCAUAGCCUCGGGCGACAAACACGCCUCCCUCGCGCCCGACGUCCUGAAGAAGACGCUCUCUCACUUCAAGAACCUCACCAGCCUCGACCUCGGCGGAAAGAAGGCCACCGCGGCGGUGUUCACCCUUGCGGCAAAGCAGCCGUGGGCGUCAACGCUGGAGAGCUUCACGUACCGCGAGUGCGGCGCGACCCCUUUCGACACCGUGGGGCUGCUGGGGCAGGCCACGCAUCUCACCUCGCUGAGCAUGACCUGCGACGCGGAUGUCCUGCGCCAGCUCUCGAACGCUUGGCGCAAGAACCGAGGCGGCGACGCGGCGCCCCUCCUCGCCUCGCUCGACCUUUCGGGCGGCUGGAGCGGCCGAAUCGGCUGGCCAGCUCUCGAGGCGUUGCCCUCUCAGUUCCCUGAGCUCGAGAAGCUCAAGAUCACGAUGUGGCUCUCCAACGCUCAGCCCUUUCGCCAGCUCGCGCAGCCCUUCGCUCGCCUCCUCGAGCUCUCAAUCACGAGGCUCAUCGCCAGCUACAGCGGCGGCCACCUCACCUCGGAGAAGCUCGGCAGCUUUCUCCGCACCAUCUUCGCCGCGACGCCAGUCGUCGAGAAGCUCUGCAUCCACCACGGCUCGAUGUACGUCAGCGGCCGCGAGAGAAAGGAGGGGAAGCGCAUGGACCCCUUCCCAGGCGUCGACGGCGCCCUCGCCGAGCUGCCAACGAGCCUCGUCGAGCUCACUCUCGCCUCGAUGAGCGGGCCCGAGGGAGCGCUCGCUCUCGCGGCGGCGCUCUGCGCGGACCGCGAGCGCUUCCCGCGCCUGACGCCGGCCAAUGCCAGCGUGACCAAGACGGGAGGUGUGUCGUCGUACGGCUACGCGCAGACGGUCACCUUCUGCCUCGACCCCAAGGUGGAGGCGAAGAAGGCGGCCGACAAGGCCAAGGCGGACAAGGGCGGCAAGGCAGGCACGAGCAGCAGCCGCCCGGAGAGCUCCCUCCAUGGCUCCCUCGCGGGGAGCGACGACGCCAUGAGCGAGGACGACGACGUCGAGUGA